AUGCGCCUUUAUUUCAUUAAGUCAUUUUGUGGGGAAAUGCAAGUAGAUCGCCCCUUUGGCAAUCAUUUAUAUUUCAUAAACAUGUUACAAAGGAAUUUCAAAUGACGUUUAAGGAACUUUUAGCAUUUCUAAAAACAUAUUUGAUACCAGGUUAAUGCACUAUACAUAUAAAUCCAAGAAAUAAUUAGUCUCUAAUAGCAAGUGUAAUCUUAAAAUCUCCAUGUUCCUUUAUCAGUUGCAAACAGUAUCUGAAUACCAUUAUCCAAGCUAUCUCAGGUAGCUCGUAUCUCACUUGUUUGAACUCGUACCUUAGGUGUAACACGCUCAGCAUGUUGUAGUUGUUUUAUCCCAGAUAGCUUUCAUAUUUUGGAGGUGUUUAAUUAAUAUCUUACGGGAGGAAUCGGGAGGUAGGCAUCCUCUGACACGUUAAUUCACAAUUUCGAUUAGCUCUUUAUUCUCUGAUUUAGGACGGGCACGUGCUACCUGUAUAUCGCUUUUGAUUUUACCAUUACACGAAGGUAUUUUUAACCAAGUUGAAAAGAAUUUCAGUGACGUUAUGGUGCCACUGGCGUAUUUUCCAAUAUAAGUUCAUUAAACCCGUGGCAUGGUGUCUUUUAAGAAUUUUGCCGACUCCGAAACAUUUUGCUCUGGUCUUCAAAUAUUAUCAAAGGUCAUUUUUUUCUAUCUGUUACAAUAUCAAGUGAAUUUCACUGUCGUAAGGAAACAUUGAUUUGACUUUCUGUCCUGAAAUUAGAUCAUAUCUCCCACGCCUGUAAGUUCCACUUGACGUUUAAAUGUGUAGAUUUGAUUACAAUCGUUUUAUUUCAAUGGGGAUUAGUGCAGUUGCAAUGCGUUCUCACGGAAUAUAAUGACCUUUGUUCGACUCAUAACCACACAAAAUGUUAUUACGCCUGACUCUGUUGUUCAUUGUGUUGCCUCCGUCAACUUUAACCAUAAAAAAUAACAUACAAGAAGGAACAGUUAGAUUGUCAGAAGGAAAAACCCCGUACGAAGGCCGGGUUGAAAUUUUCCAUUCCGGAAUAUGGGGAACUAUCUGUGAUGAUAAAUGGACCGCUAAGGAGGCUGGCGUUGUGUGUCAUAUGAUGGGAGCGAUGAGAGAGGGUGCAACAGUGAAGGCAUUUUCAGAAUUUGGAAACGGGAUUGGUAGCAUCUGGCUGGACGAGGUUUCCUGCACUGGAAACGAGUCGUCCAUUGUAGACUGUUCACACACAGAGUGGGGAAUCAGUGACUGUACACACGCAGAAGAUGUUGGGGUCAUAUGUGUCCCCAGCGGUGAAACCACCAUGGCCCCUUCCACCAUUGCAACACCUCCGAAGUUUUAUAUCGCUCCACAUGAAAAUAUAGUGCGGUGGGGCCACAAUUUUCAUCUGACAUGCUUCACACCUUCUGACGAUUUAACUAGGCUCCAUGGUCAAAUAGUAUGGUGCAGAAAUGAUAUCAUGUUCUUCAACCAAUCCAUAGAUUCACAAAACUCCACCGGGCAAUGGGUAUACACAGCUCAACACGCCCUAUCCAUACACACAGCUACCUAUACGUGCGGACUUGAACAAUGUCAAAGGUCACUGGCAACUGUUGACGUCACAGCAAUACCAGAAAACGAAUGCAAACUGGUGCAGAUCCAGAAUCCAAACUGUGAAAUCGACAAGAUAAAUGAGGUUGAAGCUGAGGUUGCCUUUCUCGCAAAAGGAAAUAGUGAUGACGUUAAUGUAGAGCACGUGCUCAGGACAGCUUUACCCAAAAUAGCCGACGUUGCCAGUGAUGGAAUAUCAAACGCCAGGAGCUUGGACAGAACGGUGGAUAUCAUCCACAAAAUGGCGACGAUAGCUGAUGCCUCGAACGUGACGAUUCAUCCAAAGACCUUUGUGACAGUGGUGGAUCACUUGCUGUCAACCAAACGCACCACCGCUUGGCGGAACAAAUCAACUCAGAUCGAUUCCAGCGUAAAUAAGAUUCUGCAGGCCGUAUCGACAUUUGGUAACGUGGUGGCAAAGACGGUCACGCUAAAUAAAAACGUCACGUUUACAACGGAAAACUUGGUGAUGACAGUGGCGAGAAAGCCGAGGGAGACGAUUGUUAAUUUUCCCGGGGAGGGUGAUACCUCCGACACAUAUUUAACCUUGCCCCCUCAACUCCACAGCAACUCAUCAGAUUUCAGCUACGUGGCUUCCAAAUUCAAAUCGAUAUCAGAAAUUCUUGGAGGGACAUCAAAAAAUGAUACUGAAGAGGGAGACUCGGAGGAAGUUGUGUCAGAUGUUCUGUCAUUGUCUCUGAACGGAGAAAAACAACGCAUAAAUCUGCAACCAGCCCUGCGCAUGAGUUUCACACAUCCAAAACACGUUACAGCCGAGUCUGAUAUUGUAUGUGCGUACUGGAAAACUAAUAAAACGAAAGGAAGCCAUUGGUCUACAGAUGGUUGCAAAGCAUUCAGAAAUGAAGAAAAUAUAACAGACUGCCGAUGUGAUCAUCUCACUAACUUCGCCAUUCUGAUCAGACCUUACCAUAAGGAAACGGAGGAAGCAGAGGCCCUGACGUGGAUUUCGCUAAUUGGCUGUUGUAUCUCUGUUUUCUUCUGUAUCAUCACUAUAGUCAUUUUUCUGGUGCUUUGGAGAUUCAUCAAAUCUGAUAUGAACUUACUGAUCAUUAAUCUCUGUCUGACUAUCGCCUUGGCCUACAUCUUGUUCGUUGUUGGGGUUGAGAGGACCGAAAACGAGAUCGUCUGUAUGGUCAUCGCUGUGUUUCUGCAGUACCUCUUUCUGGUGGUAUUCUGCCUCAUGCUGGACAUCGGGAUUUAUUACUUUGUCCACGUGACUCUCGUCAAAAUCUCCUUCCUUAUGGCCAACAGAUUCACCUCCAAAUCCAGGAAGAAAUUAUUCCUUAUUGUCGCUUACGGUCUGCCUGUCAUAAUAACUGGCAUCACACUAGGUUUAACAUACCCAUCUAACUAUAAUCCCAAAAAUAUAUGCUGGCUGUCGUUUGAAAGUGGAGCACUAUAUGGAUUUCUCGGUCCUGUCGCGUUUGUUGUGUUUAUGAAUCUGAUCAUCCUUAUCACCUUAGUUGUGACAAUGUAUUCAACACAGCUGGCGUCCACUGGAACCGUCAGACGAAAAGCAGUAAUGGGUAUCCGCAGUAUAUCAACACUGCUUCCUGUUCUGGGAAUCACGUGGUUAUUUGGUUUCCUGUCUGUCAGUGAAGACACCAUCGUUUUUCAAUACAUAUUUUCAAUCCUUAAUUCUCUGCAGGGUUUUUUCAUAUUUUUAUCAAACUGUGUGUUCAACAAAAAGAUUAUAGACAUAGUAAGAAGGAAAUCGUCCAAACAGUCUACCAUAACUCACAGCUCUCAGGACAAGAUGUCCUUUGUUGGGAAUAGUGAAGUGGGUGAUGAGAGUUUAACUGAGAUAACAAAGAAGCUCUCAGUUAAGAAAAGUGGUCGAGUAAAAGCACAGAAUAGAUCUUUAUAUAAUUAACUCUUAAGUGUAUUCAACAUCUGAUUUAUUACAUCAAAGAUGAUAUUCGAAUCUGUCAAUGCAAAACAAAAAGCAUAAUGUAAAUUUACAUGUAGAGAUUUUAGUCUGUAUUGUUUAUUUUUCGUGUAUACAUGUAUAUCAUUGUGAUUUAUUUUUAUAAUAAAAUGUUGACAUAAAAGA